AUGAGUUUAUUAAAAGGGAUUUUAGAACUUGAAAGUUUGGAAUUAGAAGAGAAUGCUUUAAUGGAACUUAUUGACCUACCGACUUGGUUACUUUUACGUAAAGCACACUGUAAAAAUGUUGUAGCCAAGAUACACUGGACAAAGUUGAAAACUCAUCCUAUCCUUAUUACUAUUGAUCAUAUUGACAUUGAAGUGCAAGCAUUGGAUGAACCACGUCCAGCGUCGGAUUCACCAGUGGCCAAUUACAGAGGUGGAUCUGGUAAAUAUGGUUUCAGUGAUAAAGUUAUUGACGGUGUUACAAUUCAAGUGAAUUCGAUUGUUAUUGAAUUGUUCGCCCAAGCCUUUCAAGGUUCAGUUGAACUUUCUAGGUUUUGUGUAAUGAGUAAAUCACCGAACUGGAGAAAUUGUCUGUUGAAUUUAACAACUCUCAUAUUGCCACAAUAUGAUUCAAUAUUAAUAUUCAAAGAAGUCACUUGGGAGUCUGCACGUAUUGUCGCUGAUGGUUUGCUGACUGAACUUCGUGGUACACCGGUUAAACUUAUCACAAAUCAAUCCCGUAUUCGUCUUACAUUGAAAAAACGAUUAUCUGACGGUGCAUUGAUUAGUUCACGAAUUCGUUUGAUACUUGACGAUUUGUUAUGGGUUUUCACAUUGCCACAAGUUGAAGCAGCUAUUGUUUUUGCUCGUUCUUUAGAGCAUUCAAUACAUUUAGCUAGUGAGCAAAGCAAGAAAUUUGCUGCAGAUAAGGCAAAGCGACAAACUGUCACCAGGGUUACACCGGAAACACCGUCUGUUAUUAAUAGUAACAAUAUUAAUAAUAAUGUAAAUUCUAACAAUGCUAACAGUAGCAAAACAUCUUAUCAUGUGACUGUUAGUCGUACAGAAUUACACUUUUGUGAUGAAACUAAAGAAAAAAUUCAUCUCACUCCUAAUGUAACACCAAAUGGAUCUAUACGCGUUAACCUAACUAAUUUAUGCAUAGAUUGGUAUCCAUAUCAUUUGGAAGUUUCUCCAGAAUUACCUUGGCCUGGAUGUCAAGAAUUUCAUGGGGCACGGGAUAACUGGUUAAAGGGAAUAAAUCCUGUUCACUUUAAUCAUAGUAAACCAUAUAAAGAUGAUUCUCCUACCUUCAGUAACCAAUCGUUAAUACUUGAUUGUAAUGCCUUCAAAUCUGUGAAUACAUCAAUUCUUCAGAGUGUUGGUAUUCUACGUUUAGGUGAUAUCAGUGUAUCGUGUGUCUCCUAUCCUGGAAAUUUAUCAACAAAGAAAUCAUCAACUAAUAAACACUUUCUAUCUCACUCUGUAUUGAAUAAUCCUCGAAUACAUACAGAAUUACCGAUUGAUAAGAAUAUUUUUAUUGGAUCAGAUAAACACUUGCAUAAUCUACCGGAGACAACAUUAUUUUUAACAAUCGAAUUAAGAAAUUAUUAUCAUGUCGAUGCAGGAGUAGAUUCAUGUACACAUAAUAAUAAUAAUAAGUCCUUACCGUGUUCAUUAUUUUGUCAAGUGAAUCCUUUCUAUAUCAAUUUUGAUGCAGACACUGUUAUAUGGUUAAAUGUCUUUUUGUUGACGUUGUACGUGAAUUUGUCUACUUUCCUAUCUAGUAGUAGUAGCAGAGAUAGAAACACUACAAAACAACAGAAUAAAAUGUUCGACCUAAACCGGUAUCAUAUACGCUUUGAAGCUCUUAUGCCUCGAUUAAUAUUCUCGGUAAUUGGACAGUUAAACCAAAGUCUAAGUACAUCAGGUUGGAGUGGACCACAUGCUCUUGUUUUACAGGCGGAUCAAGUAAUUGUCCAAUCAUUGGCAGCUCCUAUAUCUUUACACGUGGCUAAUUGUCUACAAAGAUUAGUUGAUCAUUUACAAAUGAAUUCAAGCCAAUUUAUUGCAACUGCUGACUUCACAGACAAUCCAUUCAGUUCACAAUCUGCUCUUCAUAAACCACCAGAUUGGAGUAAAUUUUAUAAACUUAUUCAAUCAGCUACAGAAUCUGGUUAUUUAUAUCCUAAUUUUGAAGAACAGUUUUGGUGUCUUCAUUGUCCAAAUGUAUGGGUUGAAUUUCUCACUGUAGUUAAUAUGAGCUGUCCAUCUCAUGAUGUUGUCAAUUCAGAUUUCAUUGCUGCUGAUGUCAAUAAUGGUAGUAAUAGUCAUGAUAAUACUACUGGUAAUCAAAUGAAUGAAUAUACAAUAUAUCGUCAAACAUUAAUUGAAUCCUUCCCUUUAACUGUAUGGACAUUAUUACCGAUUAAAAUGCCUUUGUCUGGAACAACAACAACCCUUAAUGGUGAAACAAUGAACUCUCAUUCCCCUAUUUCUCUAUUAAUUGAUAUUGAUAAUAAAUUGAUUCCUAUGGAUUCUCAGUCAUCAUUGUCGUCGGCGUUAUCGUCAUCUAACAGAAAUGAAAAUAUCAGCGAUAACAGUGGUCAGUGUCCAAUUAAAUUUUCCUUAGGUUCAAUUGACCAAUUAUCAGCAAAUCGUGGCCUAUUAUCAUGGCUCUUAGAAACUUCAUCUGUUUGUGAUAAACUUUUCAAAUUACCUGAUGCACUAGAUCAUAUGCUUUUUUUAUAUUGUAUAUAUAAUCAGAUUUCUUAUUUACGAACUCAUUUAUGCCUUGAUUAUCAAGAGUUUGCAGAUAUGACAGAGUGUGGAACUUCUACUGAUCUCAAAGACACCACUAAAAAAAAUGAAAAUAGUGAUGGUCGCUGUAGUCAACUGUUUUAUACUCUUAGUUUUUCUACUCUACGAUCAAUUGAAAUGAGUAUGAAUAUAUACUGUAACAAUAAACAAGAUAACAAAAUAAGUAAUUCAAUAUUACUGCCUAAUAAUUUAAAAAGCGAUUCUGUCUGUACAAGUGAGGAUAACAGUCUACCGAAUACACCUUCGAAUAUGUUAUCUUCAGGUGUACAUUUCUUUCCAUAUAAAACAUCAUCUUCAAAACAUACUGCUUCUUCUACUGCUAUUGCUAACACUACUGCAACAACUCUUCCUACCCAGUCACAUCCGUUGCAGUCGUCAAGACCUCCAUCAUCACUUGGUCAUCAUAAUUCUGUGUGUACAUCUUCAGUAGAUUCCAUAUCAACAAAAAAUGAAACUGUUAAUUCACCACUGACGUCAAAUGAUAAAUUAAACAUGUUAAACAGAACACUUCUUCGACUUUCAAUGCGUGGACGUAUAAAAUCAUCAGAAGAUAGACCAGAGACUACUUUGAUAAAUAAUGAUGACAGGGUUAAUUGUCCUGCUGAAUCUGUUACUGUUAAUACAAUAACUGACAAUAGUAAAAGUAAUAACAAGUCAUUAUGUAAUCCACCGUUGAUACAACUUCGAAAUCAGUCAACUCAUUCAACACUGGAUAACAGUAAUAAUAAACAGAAAGGCUAUAAUAUUGCUUCAUUCGAUUUAUCUGAUCAUGUAAAAUUAAUUGAUGGAAAUAACAUUAUGAAUACUAAUCACUCUAACAACAAGAGUAAUAAUAAUAAACCAAUUAAACAAUUCUCUGAACAAAAUCUUUUUAUGCUUAAUCCUGUUGUGGAUGAUGUUUGGUACAGUAAUGCACCAACUAAUAAUAUAAAUGAAAGAUAUUCAAUUUCCAGUGAUUUAUCCGAUGUACAAAGUAUUAGCAGUUCAACAGAUGAUUGGAUUAAACCGUACGAAGUAUUAUCCAAUCUUAAGUCAUCCUAUAUUAAAGGUAGUAAUGAUAUUCUAUGGUUAUCACAUGAUAGAACUCCAAAUGUUCAUUACCAUCCGAAUCCAAAUCCUCCGCCUUCCACUUAUCAACAACGACAACAAGAGCAACAAUAUCACCAUCGACUAGAGGAAAUUCAGCAACCCUCCAACUCGUCAUCAACAUCUUCAGCGUCAUCACUGUUACUAGGUCCAGAUGAAAUUGGUUCAGAUAUGCUGGAAUUCGAUGUUUUCAUGCAGGCAUCUAUUUCUGGUAAAACACAAACAAUUGAACAUUGUCAACAAUUGAAGCCAACAAAUCAUUUUAAUGAUCAUCAUUAUGACAGUGAGAAAUUCUGUAGAUGGAAACAGUCGAAUUUUUCAAAUGUUAUUAUUUAUUUGGAUGGAUUUCUGUGUGAAGCAGAUGCCAGCAAUUUGGAAUCACGAUUCUGGAUUUUGUUUAAAUCACUUCGAGCAUAUGUUCAAUCUGAAGAAGUAGAAAAAGAGCAUUCAAACUCUGUCGUGUCAACUGGCGAUGUAAAUAAUAAACUGAGGUGUACUACUACUAUGUCAUCACAGUCAUCUAACACCCACUUAUGGUCUGUAUUUUUAAGUCUUGGUGGAGAUCCUGUUUCUUCUGGACUGUCAUCCAAACUACUUAAACCAUCGGAUUAUAAUUACCCAUGGAUGUAUGCUAGAGCUGUUCUAUUGGCUAAUUGGGAGUUUGAUAUUCCGUCAACAAUACAACAAUUAUGUAUACAACUAUGGAAACAGAUUAAUACUCAUGAAGGUGUUAAACAAAUGAUUUCCAAAAAUAAUGAUAAUAAUAAUAUUAGUUGCAAUAGUUCAUCAGCAUCACCUCCAAAAUGUGCAUUUAGUGUAUUAAUGAAAGAAGGAGACUUAAAAGUGAGACUUACUUCUCCAGAUACUAAUGAUAAUUCUGAAAAGAUACAACUUUUAAAACAGUUUUGUUUACAACAAGGCUUGGUCAUCACACUAACAGAAAAUGGGAUAUUUCAAAUCUAUGCCGAACAUAAUACCGAUGAACAGGUUGAAAAAAGGAAAUCACAUCCAUUGAAUACGUUUAAUGAAUCUAUAAGUUUUCAGAAUGUCUUACCUGUAAAUAGCUCAAGUACAUUUCAGCAUAAUAUUUUAAUUAAUCGUUAUGCAACAGAGAAUAAGAUAUUAAAAGAUAAGAUUGAAGCUUUAACAGCUGAAUUACAACAACUGAAAUCACUACAUUCAAAGAAAUGAUUCCAUCACAGAUAAGCUAAAUGUCAACUUUUCUCUUCUUUAUUUUUCCUUAGAAAAAAGAGGGAUUUUUUUCAACAUCAUAUUCUCCCUGUAUUUUUACUUCAUUCCACUUCGUAUAUUGCCUCUCCCUCUCAUCCGAUAAAAAGUAACGAUGAACAGAUGCCCUGAUGACGUCUUCCACUCCGAAAGCGAAAUAACUUAGAUUCCAGUAUUCUUGUAAAGCAUAAAAACACAAACAGACAAAGUAGAGGCAGUCUUCCUUAAUAUGACUCAUUGACUUACGCAUUCCGGCUCUCCCACUUACUCUUCAGCCGUCACACAAUAAAAUAUGACUUAUCACGUGAUGAUACAUGGGAAAUCUGUCCCAGGUAACACUGGGUUUUAACAAACAUAACAAAUUUCUUCGAUCCACCUGAACAUAUCUCUUUUCCUUUCAUUCCAUUGUUUGACUGAUACUUCUUUCCGUUUGUUUACAUAUAUACGAUUGUGUGUACAUUAUUCAUGUAUAAAUGCUUGUGUGUGUGGGCACCAAAGAUAAUGGAUAAUUUUAUUUCUAUAUCAUUAUUAUUUCCCGAAAUGUAAAGCAAUAUAAGACUUACUGCUAAUUCAAGGUACAUUUACUUAUUGCUCCCCUGUGUACAGUUUUUAUUUUUGUUUACUUAUUGCUUUACUUUUUGUCUAAUUUUUUUUAUUGAAUUUAGGAUAUAUUAAUCUGUCGAUCUGUUUAUUUAUUUUACUGAUUCACAACCUUGAAGAUCAUUCACUUUACACAAUUUGUCUCUAGUCGAACAUAAUAAUACAGAAACAAACAUUUCACUAUAUAUAUAUAGCUUUUAAAAGAUAAUUACUUUGAUUAAAACUGGUUUGAUUAUAUCAUUUCUAUUGCUACUAGGUG